CGUGCAUGCCGAGGUGGAAUCCUUGCUCCAACGUGUAAUGUCGCCACUGCUUCCAAAUUCAACAGCUUUUCAAGCUCAACCGCCUCUCCUCGCAAUUUUCUCCGCUUCCCCAAUUUCCUCCUCAAUUCUCUCCUUCCCCAAUUCCCCAAACAACAAACUCAACAUUAUACCGAAAAAUUUCCUCCUUUGCUGCUCCAAAGUCAUGGGUUCUACUGUUAAUCAAUCGAAUUCUGAUCAAAACCCUGGAAACAAAACCGUCGUUGAUGGCGACGACCACAACGAUCGCAUUCCUGAAGAGGCCCGGAAGAUUCUGAGAUCUUUAGCAUCAGAUUGGAAUGAUACCGUCGACCCAAAUACCGUUCAGGUGAUCCCACUGAAAGGGGCAAUGACUAACGAAGUUUAUCAGAUAAAGUGGCCUACUAUUCAUGAGCGAUCCAGGAAGGUGCUGGUGAGGAUUUAUGGUAAAGGGGUGGAUGUUUUCUUUGAUAGGGGUGAUGAAAUCAAGACGUUUGAGUUUAUGUCCCAGAAGGGCCAAGGUCCAAGAUUGCUUGGAAGGUUUUCCAAUGGUCGGAUUGAAGAGUUCAUUCGUGCUCGGACUCUCUCUGCAUCUGAUCUUCGUGAUCCUGAGGUGUCUGCUCUUAUAGCAGCAAAAGUGAGGGAAUUUCAUGGUCUUGAUAUGCCUGGCCCUAAAACAGUCCUCCUUUGGGAAAGAUUGCGCAAUUGGCUCAGUGCGGCCAAAACCAUGUGCCCACCAGAAGAAGUUGAAGCAUUUUCCCUCAAUACCUUGCAAGAUGAAAUAUCUGCCAUGGAAAAGAACAUGACAAGUGGUCAUCAACGUGUUGGUUUCUGUCAUAAUGACUUACAGUAUGGUAACAUAAUGAUGGAUGAAGAGACCAGAUCAAUAACCAUUAUAGACUACGAAUAUGCGAGUUACAACCCUGUGGCCUUUGAUAUAGCUAAUCAUUUUUGUGAAAUGGCUGCCGACUAUCAUACAGAAACACCCCAUAUAUUAGAUUACAGUAAAUAUCCAAGUUUAGAGGAGCGUAAGCGAUUCAUCCGUGUAUAUUUGGGCUGUUCAGAUGAUGAUGACAGUGGCCAUGUUUUGGACCAGCUAGUUCAAGAAGUAGAGAAAUAUACACUUGCAAGCCAUCUCUUCUGGGGUUUAUGGGGACUUAUAUCGGAACAUGUGAACAAGAUUGACUUCGAUUAUCUGGGAUAUGCACGGCAGAGGUUCCAACAGUAUUGGUUAAAGAAGCCGGAGUUGUUGGGCACUUAGGGAGCUAAAAAGUGUGCUGAUGUGUGAUCACUUGAUGAAGAAGUGUGACAAUGGUUGGCCACUCAGGGUAUCAAGUUUUCCCUUCAGAGCUUGUGGGAUUGGAUGAGAACAGCUGACCGCUUCGUAUUGCCUCCUGUUGGCAAUAGAAGGAAAGACUACAAACCUACGGCUGUCCACUUAAGCAGGCGACAUCAGGAUGUUAUUUCAAGUGGUUGCAUGAUGAUGAAAUGAUGAUCAAGGGAUGUGCCAUGGAGUUCUUCAGUUUUUCAUUUUUAUUAUUAACGCUGUUGGGAAGUUGAAUUAAAAAUUAGAAUCAGGCAGCUUCUUUUGGAUUUGUGGGGGGAAAAAUUGUGCUUAUAUUACCAAUAUGUACAUACAGUACUCCUUUUGUUUGAUUACUUGUUUGAUAUGAGUUACAUCAUGAAGAUCUUAGGGAGUGUUAAAGUUGGUCAAAUAAAGACAAUUCACGACAAAUUCUGCAAUCCUCUUCAUCUCAAUUUUUGAGAUUAGUUUAGAACGUGCAUUGCAUUAAAAGCUACUAUUAAAUAUUGUACGAUUUUGCUAAUCUUUCAUUCAAUUAUGUUACGAUGCUCGUUUACC